CUAUUAAAUUGAGCGUGAACUGCCAAGAGCUAUGGAAGCAACUUUGGCGACUCUUGGAGCGGGGAUCAUCGGAGCCAUUUACAUCAGAAUUUCUAACUCUUUUCCACGCGAAAGUCUUCCGUGGUAUUCCUUCGUUAUAUUCGGAUACGCUCUUUUGAUCGCCAGUAGUGUGUCCAUCGUCGUAGUUGUAUUCUAUUUACGAGACCGAGGCGCCCUGAUAUUACAUCAAAUCUUGGCCCUUCUUUGAGACCAAGGUUUGGGGGAAUUCCAUCGCCGUCUCAAGCGUUUAUUUCAGCGUUAAUACAUAAGUCCGUGGUCUCUCUAUACCAUUCACCGCCAUCCAACUUGUGUCGAAAAUGUUGACAACGCAAUCACAACCCAACACGUUCACUUCAACCUCCCAUUUAGUUGUCUAUUAAAAGCAGAAGUGAGUGAAUCCCACACAUCCUGCAUCCCCUGUAAGAGUUCAUCACAACAACCCCACCCCUCCCCAUUGACCAUGCUGACCUUAGGCCGAGGGGUGUGGCGUUCCGCCUGCCACGCACCUAUGACAGCCACAUGGGGACCCGCCGCUGUCACUUGGCCGGUCUUCUUUGGGUCCGGCUUUCACACGUGUGCCAUAUUGGAGCGUGCCCGUCGAGGCACUCGCGAACGCAAGGCCAAAGUGGCUAUCGCCAAUAAGAAGAAGAAAGAGGAUCGCCUUCGCCGCCAUCCCCCGCCUUUGCCCGACAAGAUCGUGCUCAAGCUCAAGUCCAUGGGACUGCCCGUUACGCCCAAACCUCUCCGAGCCGACGAAUCCAAUAAGUCAUUUGCCACUGACGAUGUCUACCAGCUUUUUCGAUACUGCUAUCAACGCUAUGAAUUUACCGAGGCUGUGCGGAUGAUGCGAAUCCAUUUUUCACCCGAGGUCCUGGAUCGAUCCGACGAUCUGAUUUACGCCAAAGUUGAGGUCAACAUGAAGUUGCCCAAGCAGGGUCGAUAUAUGGACGAGUUCAACAAAUACGUGGCCAUUGUUCACCGUUGGGACGACACGGUCCUGGAGAAGCGGAUCUGCGCGUUUGUUCCCACCGAGGAAUUGGAGGCCGAGGCUUUGGCGGCCGGAGCAAUCAUGACCGGCGGACCUGAGCUCAUUCAAAACAUCAUGAAAGGCAGAGUUGAUGUGGCUGAGGUCGACCACUUCUUAUGCCACGACGAAUUGGCCGCCACCAUGAGGACCAUGGUGGGCGUGCUGCGCGAAAAGACGCCCCUCAAAGGAGGCGAUUCAGUGGGCACAAACAUCAAGAAAAUGAUCCAAGUCUUCAAAUCCGGCAUGGAGGUCCAAGUCCGCAAAGUCAAACCCUCGCUAGUGGCGCCCAAUGAGCCGGAUUACGCCUUCGCCGAGAUCCCCAUAGGCAAGCUCACUCAAGACCCGGAAGAGAUGCGAGCUAACCUCGAUUCUGCCCUCGAUUCGUUACUGGAAGGCCAGUCCAAGAAGGCUUCGGGCGGAUUCAUCACCCGCUUGAUCCUCAAGCUCGAGGACGGGCCUUUUUACACGGAGUAUUCCAUAGAUCAUCCCCUUCUGAGUGAUGAGAAGCUUCGGAAUCAUCAAAAAGCCAGGAGUGAACAGAUCCAGGAACCCAUCCGGGAGACGACUGGCUCCUAAGUUGUAGGUUGAAAUGUACGCGAAAACAAUGAUAAACAAUGGGAUGGCCCUUGCUUAUUCAAUUA